AUGCCCGACUCUCUGCCGCCGGCCAAAUCGAGUACUGGGCCAGCAGGAAAUCUUUUGCUUUUGUCUCUCCUAGAGCCGCUGAUCAGACGAGGAGAUUCUACGACUCCGCCGCCGACGUCUGCCAUUCGACUGUCGACGAGACAUUCACAGGCAAUGUGUAUCUCAACGACGAAGCCUGGGGAUAAUCUUUGGAGCCCUGUUGACCAGGCUCGCAACCUGGGACAGUUCCAUCUCCUUCUGGUGGAACAUGUACUCCAGUUCCAUAGCGCCCAGUCCCAGGCCAUCUCAGCUUCGAAACGUCUCCAACUGGCCCAGCUCACCUCGCGAGCUAGUCCUCCUCGAAUGGUGCGUCAGUUUGUACAGGGUCUUGUCGACUGUAUUGGGAGAAGCGCUACAUUUGCCAGACGUGCCACCGUUCCAUGCGCUGGCCAGACACAUUCUCGUGGUCAAGUCGCCACGGUGCCAGACGCCAUCGAGGACGUCGAUAGCGGUAAGGCACGAACGCUGGAAGUUCGAGAAGGAACUGAUGCCGACAUAUCUGCCUCCGGGGCGGGUGGCUUCACGGGCCAUCAGAGUUUCCUUCACCUACGUGCGGCGAGCUGUGCUCCUAUUUCUGCCGCUGGACAAUUCCAUCCCUCUGGGACUGCUUCGGCGUCGGUAUCAGUUAGAGAGGUCGAUUACGGUGAUCGGAAGACUUUCCAUGCCAGGCGUGACCUGCUGCUCCGACAUCAGCAGAAACUCCAUUCUUCCACUGACUGCUGCGUGUCCUUCCACGAGACCGACGGCGUCUCGACCCAGGACGCCAGCACUCGGCAUGGACGUGCGUGGGUAUGGUGA